UCUACACCCAAAACUCUCUCUGUUACAGCAGUGAGCUCAGAGAAUCCACAGCGCAGCAGCAGGACAGUUUCCUGAGAGAUUAUCAAAGAAAGGAGAAUGGAGCACGCAGAGGCCGUCGCUCUGAACAAACUGGCCGACGCCGAGGCCCAAAGCGGCAAAAAAUAUCGCUCCAUCAACAUCAACCACUACGCCACGAAGAAGAGCGCAGCCCAGAGCAUGCUGGACGUGGCCCUGCUGAUGGCCAACUCGUCCCAGCUGAAGACCGUCAUCUACGUCGGGCCUCAGUACCGGUUCUACAUCCCCCUCCUCGUCCUGCUGUCUGUGUCCAUCACUCUUCAGGUCAUCGUGGGGCUGCUGCUCGUCUUCAUCGUGAAGUACGAUCUGAACGACGUGAGGAAACACUCCAAGCUGAACUGGAUGAACAACGUCGCGACGGUCUUCGUUUUUUUCACCGUCCUCAUCAACAUCUUCAUCACGGCGCUCGGAUUCGAAGGCCAACAUCUCAGGUCAGCGGCAACUGUGAUGGCGAUACCGGAGCCUGAGGUGGUGCCUCUGCCCGAAGACCUCAACAUAACUGGUGGCAUUUAGACCAAAUCUGGAGGGUUGUGGUGUGACAGUGGACUAUUUUGUAACUUCUCAUGAGCUCUUUGUCCAAAAUAUAUUUUCUCUGGACAAAGAUUCACCAGCUGGACCAAACUUUUAACCGAUGAAUCGACCACUUGCGGCUCCAGAAGAGGACCGCCAAGCAGAACCUCAUCCUCAGCAACCGCUGACCACAACUCCACCAAAGACUGACAACCAAAAACCUCCUUGUAAAUACCAAACCACUGCCUUAUCCUCUCCUAAACAGAUGCCUACAGACUGUACAGUAGUGCACUGACUUGUCAUUUUUGCAGUGCCGAAUCAAGCACGGAAUUUGCACAUUUUUUUUGUGUCAAUUUAAAGGUACUAUUUUGUAAAUACAAUACUUUAAAUACUUCCAGUUCACAUGUUAGAUUGGUAGGAAAGCUGGUUUAUACUUUGACCGAAUAAACUAAUUAAUGUCUCUUAUUGUACUGAGAUAAACAUUUCUGCAUUCUUAAUGAA